CUUCCUUUCUCCCACGCGUUUACCCCACCCCCCACCCCCACCCUUUCUCUCUGCAAAUUCGUCGGUCGUCUUUCUCAAAACUCCAUUUUUCAUUCCUCAAAAACCUCUCUCUUUUAUCUUUCUAUAUUUGCUCCAAAAAAAUUUCCAAUUUUUUUUAGUUUUGUUAGUUCAGUAUAAGUAAAAGUUGCUGCAAAUUUACUCUUUUUUUUUGAAAUUUUUUUUUUGGUGUUGAAUUGAAUUGAUUGUUGCUGAAGAAAUUGAAUCAGAUCCAAUUAAUGGUGUCAAAAUUACUUCUUGUUUUCUCAUUUUCUACUCAUAGAAGAUCCAUUCUCCUUUCUCCUUUAUAAUUUUCUAGUUUUUUUUUUUUUACUUUAGUACUCGAAAUUCUUGAUUUUUGAUAUUUGGUUUUGGGUUUAUUUGGUUCUAUAGAGUAUUUCCUUUGUGGGUUUUGUUGUUUGUGAGAUUUAGGGUUGUGGGUAUUGAAUAGAUCAGUUUAUAAUGUCGGCAAUGAAGAGUUCAGGUCAAUUCUUUACAAUUGGGCUAGUAACAGCUUGGUAUUCAUCAAACAUUGGGGUUUUGUUACUGAACAAGUAUUUGUUGAGCAAUUAUGGGUUUAAAUACCCAAUUUUUCUUACUAUGUGUCAUAUGACUGCUUGUUCUUUACUGAGUUAUAUAGCUAUUGCUUGGAUGAAAAUGGUACCAAUGCAGACUAUAAGAUCUAGGGUUCAGUUUAUGAAGAUCUCUGCUUUGAGUCUUAUUUUUUGUACAUCUGUUGUUAGUGGCAAUAUCUCACUUAGGUAUUUGCCAGUAUCUUUUAAUCAGGCUAUAGGUGCUACUACACCUUUCUUUACUGCUGUAUUUGCUUACUUGAUGACAUUCAAGAGGGAGGCAUGGUUGACUUAUGUCACUCUAAUUCCUGUUGUCACCGGGGUUAUCAUCGCCAGUGGGGGUGAACCAAGUUUUCAUCUAUUUGGAUUCAUAAUUUGUAUCGGUGCAACAGCUGCAAGAGCACUCAAGUCAGUGCUUCAGGGGAUUUUGCUGUCUUCGGAAGGGGAGAAGUUGAAUUCCAUGAACCUUCUUCUCUAUAUGGCUCCCAUAGCAGUUGUAUUUCUAUUACCGGCAACACUUGUGAUGGAAGAAAAUGUAGUUGGCAUCACAUUGGCACUUGCAAGAGAUGAUAGUAGAAUCAUCUGGCUUUUGCUAUUCAAUUCUGCGCUGGCAUAUUUUGUCAAUCUGACCAACUUUCUGGUGACAAAACACACCAGUGCCCUGACUCUUCAGGUCCUGGGAAACGCAAAAGGAGCUGUUGCUGUAGUCAUCUCAAUCUUAAUAUUUAGAAACCCGGUGUCAGUUACGGGGAUGCUUGGCUAUGCACUUACAGUUUUUGGAGUCAUACUCUAUAGUGAAGCGAAGAAACGCAGUAAAUGAGCAUUGAGAGUUUUCCACUUGCGACUUCUGAAAUUAAUUGUUUGUUGAAGAGAUGAUUCACUUUCACGAGGCAAGUCGCGGAUCAUGGUCUUGCAUUUGGUGACACAAAUUUUCUCCUCAAAUUUGUAUCUUUUGCCCUGAAAAACCUGUGAAACAGCAGGCUUUCAUCUGUGAAACAGGAAUAGGCUGCUGAUGGAAUAGCAAGUCUUAAGAAGUGACUUGAUUUGUCUAUCUUUUUGUCUUUUUAUUCUUUCAGAAAAGAUUGUAAAAUUGAGACUACACACAAUAUGUCACUAUAGUUGUCAAAUUGAUUUAUUAAUGAAAAAGGAUAUCAAUAUUAGAAAUUUAUAAAUGGCUUCUUUUGUUUGAGGAAAA